UGAUAGGGAGGGAGCAAGAGAGAGAGGGACAGACUGAAAGUGGGCAAGGGGAGGGAGUAAUCAGACGCGGGGGAAAGUAAUUGAGAGGGAGACUGAGAGGGAGUCAGCACAGCGCUGGGGAGAAAAAGUGAGCGAGAGAGCGAGAGAGCGCGAGAGCGAGGGCGAGAGCGAGAGAGAGAGAGCAAAAAGAAAAAGCGCAAAAGCAGGAAAGCUCAGCAGAUAGUAGUCAGACUCCCCCUCCCUCUCACUGGCCGUGUAGAAUUCCUCUCACAGCCACAGUUAUUCAGCAACGGGAGGGGAAGUUUACCUCCUCAGUAGAAAACAAACAAAAAAAACAUUUUGUAUUAGUGUUUUUUGUUUUGUUUGUUUUUUUUUGUUUUGUUUUUUUUGCUUUCAUUAGGGAAAGAAAUUGGAAGGUGCACUAGAGAGACGAGAAAACAAGAGGAGGGAGAAUCACAGAGCUUCUGCAGCCUGUUUGGGUCCCGCAGUGGGAAGAUGGAUUCUGACUCGGGAGAGCAGAGUGAGGGAGACCUCUCUCCAGGCCAGGAGACCUUUAACUCCCGUUCCUUGGCCCUUCAAGCCCAGAAGAAGAUCCUGAGCAAGAUGGCGACCAUGGUGGUGGCCAACCUGCUGACAGAUGACACCAGCAGCGAGAUCUUGGACGAGCUCUACAAGGCCAGCCGCGAGUUCACCAAGAGCAAGAAGGAGGCGCACAAGAUCAUCAAGGAUGUCAUCAAGAUUGCCCUGAAGAUCGGCAUCCUCUACCGCAACCACCAGUUCAGCCCGGACGAGCUGGACACAGUGGAACGGUUCAAAAAGAAGAUGAACCAGGCGGCCAUGACGGCGGUCAGUUUCUACGAGGUGGAUUACACAUUUGACAGAAAUAUUCUGUCAGAGCUGCUGCUGGAGUGCAGGGACCUGCUUCAUGCCCUGGUCGAGCAGCACCUGACAGCACGCUCACACGCUCGCAUCGAUCACGUCUUCAACCAUUUCGCCCACGGGGAGUUCCUGGCUGAUUUGUACGGUGAUGGAGAGGAGUACAGACUCUAUCUGAGGAAGAUCUGCCAUGGCAUCAACAAACUACUGGACGAAGGAACGCUUUAACCCUUCACCCUCCACCCCCACCCCACCACCACCACACCACCUCUGGCUCAGCUCUCCAAUAGUCUUUCCCAAUCCUCCUCCUCAUUCUCGUUGCUCUCUUCCUUUGAUAUGAGAACAUCCUCUCCUCCAACUGUUUUCCCUCCACUUAUUUUCAUUCUCAUCCCCCUCCCCAUCGCUCACCCUCAACCAUGCUUGUCGUUCCCCUUCAUUUCUCUCGUCUUCAUGUUCCUCCUCCAUGGAUGUGUGUCUGGGGCUAACACUCCUGAUCAGCUGCCCAGGCAUCAGUUAAGAGACUUUAUCUUCCAACUCAGCAGAUCGUUGACAUUUCUGUGUCACAUUUCACCUAUAUGCAUCACACGAUUCCCACUCUUUGUGCACCAAUGUACUGUAAUGUGUAAUAAUCAGAGGUGUUCUUAGUUUGCAAAGCCAACAUCUGUAAUCACCAGUCAGUUGUCAUUAUUUGUCAUUAUGCCAUUAUUUUGAGAGCAUGAAGCUUAAGGGUUGAAUCCAGCUAAAAUUGAGUAUACUGAAUGAGAUUUCCUCCCUCAUUAUUGACCAAUAUCGGUGCUACUAUGUCUCACAGAGUGUGGAUGAGUAGGACUAAACCAAUCAAAGUCUACUGUUGCAAUUUCUUGCCAAAUGUCUAAAUGUAUGGUCUUACAGCACUGUUAAAUGCCUUUAAUGAAAACUGUUUCCUUGGUGUUGUGAGUUCCAUAAAGGUUCUCAUUCUACCUUUGCAUGGUACCAUAGAUAAAAAAUGGUUGAGUACAGUUCCUUAAGCCAUACCAGGGGCAAUGCUGUUCCACAAGAAGUUUAAUUAUGAUUACUUUACAAGUAUUUUACAAUAAUUGUGGCAGCUCCUUUGAAUUAUAGCUGCGGUGAAAUCCAGCAAAAACAAGGUGUCCUGGGUUGGCCUUGAAGGGCCCUGUCGUGUGUGUGUGGGUGUGUGUGUGUGGGUUCAUGUGUGCAUGUGUGUGCGCACUAGACAUGACAGGGGUUCAGGACGGUAGUGUGAGAAUGUUUGAGUGGAACAGACCUCAGCAGCUCAUCACACAUGAUGGAGGCUUGUAUGUGAGUGUGAGCAUGUAUGCACAUGUUUGUGUGUGAUUAUUUUGGAUCAUCCAAUUGUACAUAACCCGCUAUGACACAGUGUAUGUGUACUACGUGUCUGUGUCUACCUUCUCUUCAAAGAUGUAACACUUUUGCUUUUUAUUAAAGAUUCCUUGUGAAAGA